GACGCUUUGGCAUCAUUGCGGUCUGUGAAUUUGUUCUGCUGGACUAUCCUUCUUGCUGCAAUCUUUCUUUGAUGUGUUGUAGCUUUCUGUUCCUGAGCGCACUCACUUUUUGCGGAUGACGUCCUUUCUCCUGGCAGCUGCCUUCAAGCUUUCCGCUCCGCACCCUGAAAUCUUGGGCCUAGGCAUGUCUACGCCUCUAACUUGUCUGAACCCCAGCCUAUGAGGUCGAGAAGCGUCAAUGCUCGUAACUCCGCGCACUUAUCAGCUGUCUCAGACUCCAAACAAAGGACUAUCCCUCACCCCAGAGAAUUUUCCAACUUUUCGGACCCUUCGAGGGUGGAGUAUUCCGCCAGAAGAGAUUAGACGGGCAGCGGAGAUGUUACUCAUACACCAUGUCGGGAGCGUGCGUAUUGGGGAAGUUGUUCGUUACACCCUUACGUAUACCCCUUCGGCGGAUCGGAUACUUCCUUACCCUGCAGAAUUAUACGUUAAGAUCAGGAAUACUUCUGCAAUUGCAUUACGAGCGGCAUAUCUUCAUGGACCCUAUACUAUCCACACAUCCUGUUAUCCGUCCACAUUCGAUCCUCAUAACAAAUUUGACAACCAUCAGACGGAUGGGAUUCCACAGUUUGAGCCCCACCUCCAGCCGGGAGCAGCCUGGGAUGCCACAAUACCUGUGCCCGAGCGUGUUCGCAAUGUAGCUCCCGCCAGACCUGGGGAUUCCAGGUCACCAGACCAGAAAAGCAUUUCUUGGAUUGUCGAAAUUUCCUCCCAGGUCGUGUUUUCGAAUACCGCAAGCGUGACUUUUGAAGUGCUGGUCGGUCGUGAUGCGAAAUCCACUGAGCUGGGUGCUGCAAGCAUCGCUGAUUUACCCGCGCCGGGGAAUCUUCGCGAUCACAAACGGAGCCUAAAAGAAGGUAAAAGGGGACGCGCAGAGACGGUUAAAGGGGUGUAUUCUGAAUCCGUGAAGCUGAAGGUCGACGACACAGCGACUUUGUGGACCUCUCCCCGGUUUCCUUCUUUAGCAGAUACAGAUGCGCCGGAGAAUCUCGGAACCGAGCAUACGCACAAUGCAAAUCUGAACCCUUCGUCAAAUACACCGAAGGGUCCCCAUGGGAUAAUCACGAGAGCCAGGACACAGAAAAAGGUCCAUUUUGUUGUCCUGACGCACGGCCUUCAUAGUAAUCUUGGUGCGGACAUGUUGUUCAUGAAAGAGAGCAUAGAUGCUGCUGCAUCGCGGGCGCGCGAGGAUCGAAAAAAGGCUAAACAGGAGAAAAGGAGGAACGCGGAGUCUUCCGCACAAAUCCGCUCCGAAGAAAGCGGCAGUGAUGACGAGGAAGAGGUCAUUGUGAGAGGUUUUCCUGGCAAUGCUGCACGGACAGAGAGAGGUAUACAAUAUCUCGGGAAGCGGCUGGCCAAGUAUGUCCUUUUGAUGACAUAUCCUGAUCAGCCAUACCUUCCUAUCAAACAGACGCGAAAGAUGUCUCUCAGCCAAACGUUCGGCCUUAGUAAGGGUUCCGAGAGCCCAAAAGCCCAUGCGUCUCACUCUGGAAGCACGAUCUAUCGCCGGGAGCCCGAACACAAGGAUUUCGCAUAUCGAAUAACAAGUAUUAGCUUCAUUGGUCAUUCUCUUGGCGGCCUUGUUCAGACAUAUGCCAUUGCUUAUAUUCAGAAACACUCCCCCGAAUUCUUCGAUAUCAUCAAACCGGUAAAUUUCGUUGCACUGGCGUCCCCUUUCCUUGGACUCAGUAAUGAGAACCCGAUUUAUGUCAAAUUUGCUCUCGACUUUGGCCUCGUUGGUCGGACUGGGCAGGACCUUGGGCUAUCGUGGAGUGCCCCAUCGAAAAUGCGAAGUGGCUGGGAAGCGAUGAUUGGAGGCCUGGGCAACGACGCAAAUAAAUCUCAGCGCAACCCAGAUCCCGGGGCAAAGCCUCUCUUGAGAAUUUUACCAAGUGGGCCAGCUCACCAGGUGUUGAAGAAGUUUAAGAACCGCACACUGUAUUGCAAUGUUGUCAAUGAUGGAAUUGUUCCCCUGCGGACGUCUUGCUUAUUGUUUCUGGACUGGAGAGGCCUGGAUAGAGUGGAAAAGGCUAGAAGGGAAAACGGACUUGUUGGAACUGUAGCAGAAUGGGGCUGGGCCGCGCUCACUGGUAGCUCUUCAAGCCAGCUGCGGUCUGGUCGUGCUGCCACAAUUCCCGUCAAUCAACACGUUCAAAGGGAGCUAGAGACCACCCCAAGUUCAUCACAGCCCGAUUCCAAUUCUGACGAUCAACGCCUUGAAACUACCCCUGAGCUUCCCGCGCCUAGUCAGUUCUUGAGUACUCAACAACUCCAGCAAGCAGAUGGGCCACAGCCAGGAGCAAAAUCCAACAAAUCAGCAUCGGCUCCUUCAUCGCCCAAUCCAUUUAAUGCCUUGAUAUCUUUUUUCAAGUUUCAGAAAGCUUCUCGAGAAACCAAGGCGACUAAGAUUUAUAGACGAAGCCAAACAAUCCGAGCUACGCCUCCAGAAGACGCUGGCUCAGGGGCCUCAACCACACCAGCACAACCCCACAAACCCGGUAGGGCUCGCGGGGACUCGUUGUAUGAGGAUGGAGGGCUUUAUGCUCCUCCAAAAACAACGUUAUUUGAAGCGGCCGGGGACGUGAUCAGCCCGCCCUUACCAUCGUUAGGAUACAUUCUUGACCCCUCCUCUCGCCCAAGAACAAUUUUCCACGACCGUGUCUACCAUCCCGAAGACAUUCCUCCGCCGCCACCCGCCAAGCCUCGGUCUAUGUUCCGUACUUCGAGCUCCAACAGUAAUAUUAAUGGCGCCGAUGGUGGGACUGAGGUACCUCAACUUGGGACCAAUUCGCAAGGAUCUGGGAUGAAAGUCGAAGAAAAGAUCGCGAGAGCAUACCAUCGCGAAGUAUCAUGGCGUAAGGUUCUAGUACGAUUAGAACCCGAUGCCCAUAACAAUAUCAUCGUCCGACGCAUGUUUGCAAAUGCAUAUGGGUGGCCAGUAGUAAAACAUCUCGUGGACACUCACUUUGCGUAUACACAAGCUGCAACAACUGCAGAUGACAAGGUGCGUAGCGAAGAAAGGGCAUUGCCACUCAGUGCCACUGCUAGCGAGCACGGCGAAGAGGUUCGAGGUCAAACGGAUAAACCCACCGAUGUCCCGCGCCCGUGUUUCUGUCCCACACCCAAUCGGGAUAUUAAGGAUGAUGAUACGACGAACGCCAGCAGCGAGGAAAAUGAUACUGUUCCCGAAAUGAUUGCGCACUCACGCCUAAAUAGCCCGAGAAUAGGGAGUCCGAGAAUGUGCUCCAGCCCUGUUCCCAUGGAGGAUGCCGACGAAGGAUCCCACCGACCAGUUAUUGCUUCUAGGGCCUCUUCGCUGCACUCAAAAUUGUCGAGACAAAGCUCAGCGCAAUGGACAGAUAGGUACCUUGAAGACGGCGAUGAUGAUGACUCUGAUGAGGCGGAAAUGUAUGACGAGUUGAGAGGGAAUGUCAGAAGACGAAGUUUGAGUAGUAGGAGCGAUAUUGCGGAUAGUACCCUAGGAAAUGCGAGUACGACAACCAAAGGUUAGGAUGGAAGGAUGGACAAGUGAGAAGCAAGACCAACUGGUUGAGAUUAGAUAUAUAUACCCCUUUGAAUUUCAUUUUACGUAUCUCCGACUA